UGGCGCGGUGCAGUUUGGUUCUUGCAUUUAGUACCUAAUGAACUGCCACCAGGGUUUGGGUACAGUACCGUAUACAAAAUGAUAGUGAAAUAGACUAAAUUAAUUCGAAUUUAAUCAUGUUCUUUAGUACUUUCUUUUAUAAAAUUCUUCUAGUGUUGUGUUUAGUGAGGGGAUCUUUUGGCGAAUUGUCGAAUGCGUCUCAGGUUUUGGGUGAUAGGAAUGGGGAGCUGGGAACGGGUGAUGAGUUAGUGUCUAUUUGGCACCUGUUCGAUCAGUACCAGUGGCUGAGAAGAACGGAAAAAUUGGAGAAUGUCGUCUGUAAGAAGCACAUGGAGAUUUAUGUUAAGAACUUGCGGCAAGAGAAAUAUUGGGCAUUAAAAAUGUUCGAUGCAUCGGGUCGUUACAACAGCCCCUUCUUUUUCGGCAACAAUUUUUGGCUGGGAUCCUUAACUUUGUGCGAUGAAUUGUCGAACAAAGAAUCUAAUGCUGAACAACCACCUUUUCUUAUACAUUUCUACGUAGCCAAAAUCAGAAUAAGCAAUUUUACCAAUUUACCAACAGAGGAUAGACAGAUUCUUCUAGGACAAUGCCUACCCAGAUCCUGCAAAGUAUCGGAUGCAGUUUUGUUAUCUCAGGAAAGUUAUCAUGGCGGUACUCUGGAUGUUCUGGAUUUAAGGGCAAUACCUGGAGACUAUUCGGUAUUCACCGAUCAAAAAGCUCACAUUGUCGGUGGCUGUACUUUGAUCAUCAUACUGCUGGUAGUACUAGCUUCGAUCGUUGAAGUGAUACAAAAAAGAAACAGUAAAGACCUAGAAGUAAGCAGAAACAAGGAGGGAAAUGCCAACGAAGGCAACAAUCGAAAAAAGGAAAGUAAUGUAUAUUUAAGGUUACUGUUGGCAUUUUCCGCCUUGAACAACGGCAAGAAGGUGCUGUCCGUCGAGAAGCUGCCCCAAGACUCCAUCAACUGCCUGCACGGGCUAAGGUUCUUCUCCAUCGCUUGGAUCGUGAUGGUGCACACUUAUUUGGCAGCGUUCGGAGUGGGUCGGAACAAGACGUUGAGGAAUUUGACCGAGAAAAACUUCAUGUACCAGACUAUAUCGAACGCCACUUUCUCGGUGGAUACUUUCUUUUUUAUCAGUGGUCUUCUAGUAACAUUGAUGUUUCUUCGAAGCGAUGGCAAAAAGGAAAAAUCAUCCAAAUCCAUACAUUUUCUUAAAGCUGCUUUCCUGGACAUAUUCAAGUUUUCCUCCAUGAUAAUUUACAGAUUUCUGCGCCUUACCCCAGCGUACUUUUAUGUCCUAGUUCUCAAUGAAAUUGUGAUGAAGAAUAUUCACAGUAACUCCGUAUUCUCUCCUGCAAUUUAUGAUCAUGUAACUUGUAAGAAAUUCUGGUGGAGAAACAUUUUAUAUAUAAAUAACUUCUUUCCUCAAAAGGAGUUCUGUAUGUUGUGGUCUUGGUAUCUUGCCAACGACUCCCAAUUUCAUGUGAUAGCUUCGAUAUUCUUAGUUAUAGCUGUCAGGAAUACUAGAGCCUUGAAAUUCGUGUCUAUUUCCAUGAUUUUGUUACUAAUUUCAUCCUGGAUAGUGACGUUUAUCAUAGCGAUGAGGCAUCAGUACGUGGCUAGAGUGGAACAACCGUUUGCCUUGUUUGACGAGCUGUAUGACAAGCCUUGGAUGAGGAUAGGACCUUAUUUAAUAGGGAUGUCAACAGGUUACAUCUUAUACAAAAACGAUUGCAAAAUAAAAAUCCACUAUCUGCUCAUGGUACUUGGUUGGAUAUUAGCACUAUCGUGUUUAGGAUCUUUGGUAUAUGGCUUAGGUAGAAAAGGAUUGGUAGUACCAGCUUCGGCAUUUUACGUUGCGCUAGGACAUACCGCAUGGGGUGUAUCAAUCGCCUGGAUAACCAUAGCCUGUUCGUCUGGAUACGGUGGCCCACUUAACAGUUUCCUGUCUUGGAGACUGUUCCUUCCACUUAGUCGACUAACGUUUUGUGCGUACCUUGUCCAUCCGAUGAUGAUGUGCCUCACGGGAUUCGCCUUGGAUGGCCCCAUACAGCUGCACAACUUUUAUACGUUAGUUAUAUUCUUUGGAAACCUCGUCUUGUCAUUCUUGACGGCCUUUGCAAUUUCCAUGGCAUUUGAGGCACCAAUGGUAAACAUAUUAAAAAUUAUAUUUUCUUGAUUAUAACUAUAUAAAUAUAUCUGUAAAU